AUGAUCACCGGAACCGUGGUGCUGCUGCUGCUGCUACUUCUGCUGCUGGCAUUAGCCAAACGGCAUUGGGGGAUGCCGGGCUUGCCAAUGCAGGGGACCCUACCCCCAGGACCCAAGCCACUCCCGCUGCUGGGGAACUUGCUGCAGCUGGUGUCUGGACGCCUGGACUGUGCACUCAUGGAGCUCUCCGGCCGCUGGGGCCCGGUGUUCACGGUGUGGCUGGGCCCGCGGCCGGCUGUGGUGCUGUGCGGCUACGCGGCGCUGCGGGACGCCUUAGUGCUGCAGGCAGAUAGCUUCUCCGGCCGCGGGGCCAUGGCAGUCUUCGAACGCUUCACGCGCGGAAACGGCAUCCUGUUUUCCAAUGGACAGCGCUGGCGGACGCUGCGCAACUUUGCGCUUGGGGCGCUCAAGGAGUUCGAGUUGGGCACGCGGACCGUCGAGGAGCGCGUCCAGGAGGAGGCGGCUUGUCUGCUGGGCGAAUUUGAAGCCACCUCUGGAGCCCCGUUCGACCCCAGGCGGCUACUGGACAGCGCGGUCUCGAAUGUCAUCUGCUCCGUGGUCUUCGGGAAGCGCUAUGGCUACGGGGACGCAGAGUUCCUGAGGCUCCUGGACCUCUUUCAUGACAACUUCCGCAUCAUGAGCUCCAGGUGGGGCGAGAUGUACAACAUUUUCCCCUCCCUCCUGGACUGGCUCCCCGGCCCGCACCACCGAAUCUUCCGAAACUUUGCGGAGCUGCGGGUCUUCAUCUCAGAGCAAAUCCAGCAGCACCGACAGACCCGAAGGCCUGGGGAGCACAGGGACUUCAUCGAUUGCUUCCUCGACCAGAUGGAUAAGGAGCAGAAGGACCCAGAGAGCCAUUUCCAGGAGGAAACCUUGGUGAUGACCACGCACAACCUUUUCUUCGGCGGCACUGAGACGACAAGCACCACCCUGCGCUACGGGCUUCUCAUUCUGCUCAAGUAUCCAGAGGUGGCAGCCAAAAUGCAGGCCGAGCUGGACACUGUGGUAGGGAGGACACAUGCCCCAAGCCUGGAGGACCGUGCGCGCCUACCCUACACCAACGCCGUGCUACAUGAGAUCCAGCGUUUCAUUAGCGUCGUGCCCCUGGGGCUGCCACGUGCCCUCACCCGCGACGCCAAGCUGCACUGCCACUUCCUGCCCAAGGGCACUGUCGUGAUUCCUCUGCUUGUGUCAGCACACCACGACCCCACCCAAUUUAAGAGCCCAGAUUGCUUCAACCCCACCAACUUCCUGGAUGACAAGGGCGAGUUCCAGAGCAAUGAUGCCUUCAUGCCCUUUGCUCCAGGAAAGCGGAUGUGCCUGGGUGCAGGCCUGGCCCGAUCGGAGAUCUUCCUUUUCUUCACUGCCAUCCUUCAGCGGUUCUGCCUGCUUCCGGUGGGGAGCCCUGCCCACAUCGAUCUCACCCCGCAGUGCACCGGCCUGGGCAAUAUCCCCCCGGCCUUCCAGCUCCGGAUGGUGGCCCGUUGAGAUCAGGCUUGGUCACUCUCCACCCACUAGUUCUCAGA